AUGGCGACUCCGCUGGUCGGCACGGCCAUCAUCACAGGAGGAAAUGGGUCGCUUGGCUCAGAAAUAGCUGUUGCCAUCGCAAAGACACAGCCCUAUGUCCAUCUCUUGCUUCUGGCCCGCGACAUCAGAUCAGAGAGCGUCAAGCAGGUCAGAGAGCGCGUCCGGUUGAUCGGGCCACGGUCCUUUGAAGUCCUCAAAGUAGACCUGGCCAACUUCAAUUCUGUCGUCAGUUUCGCAGAACUUACCGUCGAGCGAGUCCAUAACAAAGAAAUACCUCCCGUGACUUUAUUGAUCAACUCCGCCGCCAUGUCGUCAUACGUCUCAGAUCAUGUCACACGAGAUGGCCACGACCCGGUCUACCAAACAAACUGUAUUGCGCCGUUCUUACUGACCGUUAGCUUGCUCGAGGCGUUCCGAGCCGGCGACGGUACGCCGAAUGGUGGUGCAAGGGUUAUCAAUAUCGGGUGUUCCGCAAUGUCGAAAGGGACACUUGGAUACUUUGAAGACCCAGACUCUGUAAACUUGCAGAAUGGGGCGGCACUCAGUGCAAAGGAAGGAAACAAGCGUUUCGGAAGCAGCAAGUUGAUAAUGAGCGCGGCAAUGUAUGCGCUCCGGCGGAGCCUGGUCUUGACCGGAAACUUUUCCCUCAACAUAUACACACUCGACCCUGGCGGCAUGACGGGCGAGAGCCACUUGACGACUGCAACCCCGUUAUCAGUUCGAAUGGCACACUCAACACGAACGGGGCUUCGGCCGGUCCUUCGAGUAUUUUCCAAGAGCGCAAUGAACAGAGCCAGUGUCCCCGCCAAAGUGAUAGCGAGAGUCGCAUUCCAGCGCGACACGGUGGAGAACUGGGGUAGAGAGCGAUAUUAUAUCUUGGACAGCGAGUAUGAGGCCGGAUCUGUCAUUCCCGCCCUGCGAGACCACCAGCAGAUGGAUGCAUUGCUCGGGAAGCUGAUGCGACAGAUUGAGAUCGGUGUCAAGGGGAUGGGGUCACCGUCGUCGAGAAUAUCACGGUUGAGCUCCUAA